AAUCAGUCGACUACUGCAAGAUGUCUGGACGUGGUAAAGGAGGCAAGGCACGCUCCAAGGCAAAGAGCCGUUCAUCCCGAGCGGGUCUACAGUUCCCAGUUGGCCGCGUCCAUCGCUUCUUGCGAAAGGGAAACUACUCCGAGCGCGUUGGUGCCGGCGCUCCGGUGUACCUGGCGGCCGUGCUGGAGUACCUGACCGCCGAGAUCCUCGAGCUGGCUGGUAACGCUGCCCGCGACAACAAGAAGACCAGGAUCAUCCCCCGUCACCUUCAACUGGCCGUCCGCAACGACGAGGAGUUGAACAAGCUGAUGUCCGGCGUCACUAUUGCACAGGGCGGUGUUCUCCCCAACAUCCACGCCGUGCUUCUACCCAAGAAGACCGGCAAGGCCCAGUAGAUUCCAGACGGAGACCGAACACCCCGGCCCUUUUCAGGGCCACCCACAUCCUUUCGAAAGACCUGUAUCAUAUUCGCAUAAAACUACACACUACGUCUACACCAUACACUGCCUCUAAGUCAAUCGCGCAUUACAUCUACCAUUCCAUGGUAGCAAACACGUUGACAACCUUACGCAUGUUAUACGCCUGAGCAGAACAAGGUGGUACUUGCGAAAGAAAUGAGCGCAGUGGUUCGUUUCAUGCCAGCUGACAUAUCUGCGCAUCAUUUGUAGAACUAUAGAGGAUGACCAAGUAAUACAAGCUGACAUAUCUGUACAAUUAUUUGGGUAACCGUAGGGGAUGACCACGUGCUGCUAGCUGACAUAUCUAUACAAUUUGGGUAACCGUAAACGGUAAACACGUAAAGCACGUGGAGUAACACGUGGAAUAGCACGUGGAAGACAAGAGCAUAAGCCUUUUUUUGGGAGGGGGGGGAGGGGUAUUAUUGGUAUGUACGUGCACAGGCACGGGGCUGUGUGCAAACUUGUGUGGCUGAAGUGUGUUUAUCGGAAGGGUAUCGUAAUUCAAGAAAUGUGAACGAUGUAGAUCUUUCUGGGAUAUG